CAUUAUGCUUCUCUUUAUCUAAAUAUCAUAUAAGACCCCAAACGAAGUCUAUCUUCAGAUUUAGAUACCCCCUUACAUCUCUCACAGCCUCAGAACAUAGAGACCACCAAUACCUACAUACAGCUCUAUCUCAUCGACAUCACAGACCUCUCAGACAACGCAACCAGCUUCGUAUCAAUCUCACCAGCCCAACAUGCGCUUCUCCCUCACCGCACUCCUCGCCAUGGCAACAGUGGCCCUGGCCACCGCUACGCCCCCGGCCAGUACGACCACGGGCGCCGUCAACGCCGCUGCCGCGAAAGGCAAGUCAGUCUCGGCUACAGUCUCGCGCUCGACUUCGGCUACUCACAGCACCAAGAACGCCGGCCCAAGGGAGACUGCGGCUAUUGCCCUUGGCGUCAUGGUUGGCGGGAUGGGCCUUGCUGUCAACCUUUGAGGGAAAACGCUGUCAAGAGUUCGGCUUCGUUUUACCUUUGAGAUUUCGAAGUGUCUCCGGGUCAAGUGUAGAGGAAUUCUCUUUUCUUUCUUGGGCAAGUCAAGGUAAUACUCGAAGGAGAGAAGGAUGUGGACAUUUGGGAAAUUAUCUCGAUGUCUGAUGGAUAUGAAUGCUCCUGGCGCGUAAAUUCAGAUCUAGGAGUUAACCAAUCAACCAUAUCAUUGUCGUGCUACUAAGAUACAUUAUUGUAAAGAUAUAUGCCUGCCCGCAAGAAAUCUAAGUGUUUGAUGCGGCUGCGAACCUUUGGUAGAUGAGAAAGGGGGAGGUCAUUCAGAGCCAGAACUUAUCUCUAUUCUCUAAACUCAAGGGAGCUGAAAGCGUGAUCUUACAUAGUUAC